AUGAUCAAGUUUUUCAUCAACUGGGAAUUAUGGCAGCAGAUGACCUUCGUUCUCGCCGGUGCGAUCGUCUUGGUAUUCUUUGCUGGAUUAAUUAAGUUGUGGUGGUUGAAUAGAUUUAUCAAGAAGCAUACAAUACUUGACCUAGAAAAGAAGGCCAGGCAACAGGAGAUGCAAAGGAGCGGUCUUCCGAUAGGCAAGAAGGUGGAUAUUCCAUUCGGCGUGCGCGCAAUUCAGAGCGGUAUCGAAGUUGACGGCAUUUGGAUCUCACGGCCUAAUACUCCGCUCAUUACUCCAACCAGUCCGUCAUUCGCUUCUUCGUCAACUCUCGAACCCGAAAGCAGGUUAAAAGGGAAGGAGAAGGAACUUGCCGUGCAUACAGCAACGACAGUUAUCGAAAUUGGGCCCACUCCCGAACAAAGUCCGCUACCGAGUCCUGCCGUUAGCUUGUCUGAUCGGCGCGUCCCGACCGCGGCAGAACAUAGCCACACUAGAGCAUUCCCUCCCGGUGCGCAGUCUACUUACCGACCAAAGGGUCCAUCGCGCCGCCGAACGGAUAUUACCGAAACCUUCGACGUGGACGGAUUAAACCGAUAUGAACGUAACGCAGCCAACCAUCAGCAAGUCGAAACAUAUGUCCCUAAGCACUCGUUCUCUAGCACGGAAUCGUCAUCGCUAUCCUCCCAACAAAGGACAGUAGUAGACCGCAGCUCGACUUCUUCGGAAGAAGGUAUCCGCCAUGCACAAACACGUUAUGUAUCUCGCCUCCGACACUCCGCGUUACCUACACCCCGAACCCUAGUUUCUUUUGAGGACCCAGAACCUUCGGCAGCCACUGUGGACUAUUUCUUGUAUCCUGAGCAGAGGAGAAAUCCUUUCGACACGCCUUCGUCUUCCGAGGCGCAAUCAGUUUCUCGUCCUCCGCUAGCUUCAAAUAGACCGACACCUCAUCGGUCCUACUCUGGCGAGUCACACGCAAACACGUCAACCAGAAGAGUUAACGCGGGGUUUGAAGUGCUACCAGCCGGGACCUUUAGCCGACCUGACAGCCAAACCGAGACAGACGAGAGCCAGUCUAAGAGGCAUAGUAAUAAUAAGCUUCAGAAGAAGACUCGUGAUCGGUCAUCAAGGGAGACACCGUCGCCAACAUGA